AUGUCCGAUCCAAGUAGUAUUAAUGGUGGUAUCGUAGUCGCCAUGGCUGGUAAAGAUUGUGUGGCCAUUGCCUGCGAUUUACGUCUAGGUAGUCAAUCCCUUGGUGUUUCUAAUAAUUUUGAAAAAAUCUUUAAUUAUGGUCAUGUCUUCUUUGGAAUUACUGGUUUAGCUACCGAUGUAACAACUUUGAAUGAAGUCUUUCGUUAUAAAACAAACUUAUACAAACUAAAAGAGGAGAGACCCAUUGAACCUGAAACAUUCACACAAUUAGUAUCUAGUACUCUUUAUGAAAAGAGGUUUGGUCCAUAUUUCGUAGGACCAGUUGUAGCCGGUAUCAAUUCGAAAUCAGGUAAGCCAUUCAUUGCUGGUUUUGAUUUAAUCGGCUGUAUCGAUGAAGCUAAGGAUUUCAUUGUCAGUGGUACUGCAUCUGACCAACUGUUCGGUAUGUGUGAAUCUUUAUACGAACCUAAUUUGGAAGCUGAAGAUCUAUUCGAAACUAUAAGUCAAGCUUUACUUAGUGCAGCUGAUCGUGAUGCUUUAUCGGGUUGGGGUGCUGUUGUUUAUAUAAUCAAAAAGGACAAAGUUAUAAAAAGACAUCUAAGAACUAGACAAGAUUGA